UGAAGGGGUAAUUGAGCCUAUCACAGACAAGUCACAGUGGCCAAUUGUUAAUAAAGGUUUCAAGCUGCUACCUCCAAUUGUGAAGAGAGGCAUAGGGAGGCAGAGGAAGAAUAGAAUUCCUUCAUGUCUUGAGAAGGGCAAGGUGAAGAAGCACCGCAAAUGCAAAAGAUGCAAGGAACUGGGACAUAUAGAGAAGACGUGUCCUCUGAAUGGAACUAAGAAAAGGUAAUAUAAUUCUUUUAACCAAUUUGAACUUUGAAAUUAAUCUACCAAUAAAUCUCCUUUUCUGUGAUAGGAAGAGGAAGCCGAGGCAGACCACCACAAGGAAAGAAAGAAAGAAGAACACUGAGGAGGCCACUGAGGUUACCAGUAAUCAGACACCAACAAGGAUAAGAUCUGAUGUGCUGGCUAGUUUAGCCAACAGUCCAGGACCUGUUACCAGGAGGCAGCUGGCCCUUGUUGAUUCUGGGACAGCAAGCAAGGCACUUCCAGCUAGCUUGGCCAACAGUCCAGGACCUGUUACUAGGAGGCAGCUGGUUCUUAGCUCCCAGACGCCAGCUGCUUCUGAGACAGCAAGCAAGGCACUUCCAGCUAGCAAGAAACUCACUCCAAGGAAAGUUGCCAAAAAGAAGGCCUGAUUUAGUUGUUGAUGUAUUCUGGGAUGUAACAUUUUGGCAGACAUGUAACAUAUUUUG